UUCCCCUCCGAAGCAGCUGGCCCAGCCCAAUUCGCCAAUUCCGAUUGUCACCUCAUUUCCGGAUCAAUCCUUAAUUUCUGCUGCAGAGUGAGUGGGGCUUUCUCACCCCUUUUCCCUCCCUCGCCCUCCGCUCCUUUCCUGCCCGCUCCUCCUCCUCCCCCCCCCCCCUUCCUCCUCAUCUGGCUGCUGGGAACUUGAACCCAGCCCUCCCGCCGGCUGCCCUUGCAACCGACCAUCUUCUCCCGCCCCUCCACGCCUUUUCCCGGCGCUCCAGCCUGCGGGGCUCCCCUUCCAACCUACCCUGCCUGGGAGAGGUAAUACAAAAGGCUGCUCCCUUCUGCCCAUCCCCGCUUCUAACCAGGGCCGGAGACUCCGCGCCUCGAGGCUGCCGGCUGGCCUGGUCUCCGCCGCUUUCUGUCUCCUCCAGAGGAUUUAAGCGAACCGGGCGAAGCCAGACGUGCCCCGGAGCGAGCCAUGGCCGAGAAGAAGCAAGCGGCCAAGGCCGGCGGCGGCGAGGAGGAGGAGGAAGUCCCAGCCUUCUUCAAAAACCUGGGCUCUGGCAGCCCCAAACCCCGGCAGAAAUUUUGUGGCAUGUUCUGCCCGGUGGAAGGCUCCUUGGAGAACAAGACCAUCGAUUUCGACUCCCUCUCCAGCGGACGCGGCUCUCCCACCGGCAAGAUCGUGGCCAAGCAGCGGGACGUGGCUCACCUCGGACCCGACGCUCCCUCCGUCUCCUCGUGGCAACAAGGCAGGAAGGUGGAGAUCCGGAGAACCGCCGGCAAGGAGGCUCUGCAGAACCUCAACGACAAGAGUGAUCGCCUUUUGAUCAAAGGAGGCAAAAUAGUAAACGAUGACCAGUCCUUCUACGCAGACAUUUAUAUGGAAGAUGGGUUGAUAAAACAAAUAGGGGAGAACCUCAUUGUGCCAGGAGGGGUAAAAACCAUUGAGGCUCAUGGACGAAUGGUGAUCCCUGGAGGAAUUGAUGUCCACUGCCGUUUCCAAAUGCCUGACCAAGGAAUGACCUCCGCUGAUGACUUCUUCCAAGGAACAAGAGCAGCCCUGGCUGGAGGCACCACUAUGAUCAUUGAUCACGUCGUUCCGGAGCCUGGCACCAGUUUGAUUUCUGCAUUUGAUCAGUGGCGAGAAUGGGCCGACAGCAAGUCCUGCUGUGAUUAUUCUUUGCACGUGGACAUCACUGAGUGGCACAAAGGGGUUCAAGAGGAGAUGGAAGCCCUGAUUAAGGAUCACGGAGUCAAUUCCUUCUUGGUGUAUAUGGCUUUCAAGGACCAUUUUCAGCUAACAGAUUCUCAGAUUUAUGAGGUCCUGAGCGUAAUCCGAGACAUUGGUGCGAUAGCUCAAGUCCAUGCUGAGAACGGAGACAUCAUAGCAGAGGAGCAGCAAAGGAUCUUGGAACUGGGGAUCACUGGCCCUGAAGGGCACGUUCUGAGCAGGCCUGAAGAAGUGGAGGCGGAAGCUGUGAACCGGGCUAUAACCAUUGCCAACCAAACCAAUUGCCCCUUAUACAUCACCAAAGUGAUGAGCAAAAGUGCCGCAGAAGUGAUCGCCUUGGCCAGGAAGAAGGGCACUGUGGUGUAUGGUGAGCCCAUUGCAGCAAGCUUGGGUACCGACGGAUCUCAUUACUGGAGUAAAAACUGGGCCAAAGCAGCUGCUUUUGUCACCGCUCCACCACUGAGUCCUGACCCGACUACUCCGGACUUCCUCAAUUCUCUGCUGUCCUGUGGAGAUCUCCAGGUUACUGGCAGUGGCCACUGUACUUUCAAUACUGCGCAGAAAGCUGUUGGGAAGGACAAUUUCACUUUGAUCCCGCAAGGAACCAAUGGAACUGAGGAACGGAUGUCCAUCAUCUGGGAUAAAGCUGUGGUUACUGGCAAAAUGGACGAGAACCAGUUUGUUGCUGUCACUAGCACCACAGCAGCCAAGAUCUUCAACCUGUAUCCACGGAAGGGGCGCAUUGCAGUGGGAUCUGAUGCUGACCUGGUGAUCUGGGAUCCUGACAGUGUCAAGACGAUCUCAGCCAAGACACAUAACAUAAAUGUGGAGUAUAAUAUCUUUGAAGGCAUGGAGUGUCGUGGGUCUCCUUUAGUGGUUAUCAGCCAAGGAAAAAUUGUUCUGGAGGAUGGUAAUCUCCAUGUAACCGAAGGGUCUGGCCGAUACAUUCCUAGGAAACCUUUCCCUGACUUCGUUUACAAACGUAUCAAAGCAAGAAGCAGGCUGGCUGAAUUGAGGGGUGUCCCACGAGGUCUGUAUGACGGCCCUGUUUGCGAAGUAUCGGUGACACCAAAAACGGUCACGCCAGCUUCCUCAGCCAAGACUUCCCCAGCGAAACAGCAGGCUCCACCUGUGAGGAACUUGCACCAGUCUGGAUUUAGCUUGUCGGGUGCGCAAAUCGACGACAAUAUCCCACGGCGUACUACGCAGCGCAUAGUUGCACCCCCUGGUGGCCGUGCCAACAUCACCAGCUUGGGUUAAAAAAACGACACCGGGGGAGCAAAAGUCCACUUAGAGAUGGUGGGAGAGGGGGGGGCACUUGAAAAGACCUUUUUAAAAAUUCUUUUAGAGCCUGUGAUGGUUACUGCGGAUAGCAGUGGAUGAGGCCGUAGCCUCUCUCUCCCUCUCUCUCUCUCUCUCUCCUCCCUCCUUUUCCUUUUAUUGUUAACCAUUUCCCACCCCGUCUCUUCACAAAAUCUGCUCACUUCUCCCUCCCUCCACAUUUGGGAACAGACACUCUCCUCUCCCACCACCCUCUUUUCUGCUUUUAAAAGAGAUAAACAUUGAUGUGUAGAAUUUGUAGUUGACGUGACCAUGAACAUCAUUUCUUUGCUUUGCCUCUUUUAUGUUUUUUUUAAAAAUUUUCUUUUAAAGGAAGGAUAAAGUGAAUUUCCCGUGAGCUGCCUCUUCACCCCUCCCUCCCCCCCUCCCCCCCAAUCUAUUAAGGUUGGGUUUUCACUUCUGCGAAAGAGAAAUAAAAGGGUUUAUACUGGACAUUUCCAAAACUGGACUUGCCAAUCAUGUGUCUUAGAACAUGGGGGUAACCAUCCGAGAUCCCAAACCCAUGGAUAGCCUUCUUUACUUUUAUAGAGGGAGGAAGAUUCUGUGCUGCUAAGUCAAGGUGUAAUUGUGAAGGGUAUCCCAUCUUAUUUUGAUAUUUAAUAUCUUUAUCCCACUCUUGAAGCAACUGAAGGAUUCUUCGUUUUCUUCUGUGUAUGUGUGUAUAUGUAUACGCAUAUGAUUAUGGACUUGUUCCUGCCUGUUGCAUUGUUUGAGAUGCCUUAUUUUAGGAUGGAGAGAAUCUUUCCAUUUUCCUUAUUUUCUUUUGAGUUUUAGGGUCCCCCAUAACUCCACCAUAUUCUGGUCAUUUCUUGCAUCAACCCAACCUUGAUUUUUGCCAUCCAAAUGAUAGUUUUUCCACGGGUUCUCCAAGGGGGUUCUUUUGAGUUUUGGAAUCUAAUGUAUAUCUUAGAACUAAAAGGCAUCCUCCACUGUACUUUCCCUAAGGUUACCUGAUUCUCUGUAGAGUGGACCCUCUCUUAUUUAAACUCUUCCAUCUCUAUUGGAAAUAGGUUCUUAGAAAAUCCAAGCCACAGACUCUUUGAGGGAUUGAGAGCUCAGAGAAGGGAACUGGCCAGGGAGCAUCUUCUAAAUCCUGCACUUAAAAAGUGUAUAGUAUUGAAAAAAAUAAGGCAUCAGUCUAUUCUUGUCACUAUCCCAAAAUAAGAGGGCCAGCAGUGGAACUUAAUUGUCCCCAUGGCUUGUUUCUUAUAUUCUAACAACACAUGAGUUGUUUUAUAGCUGGGAAUCUUAAGUCUACUACAGGAUUGCCCUUCUUGAGCUCAAUCUUCAUCCUUCUACUAAUAGUAAUAUUACUAUUGCUUAACCACCCACAGAGUGUUGUAAAGUGCUUAUGGGGCAGGAUAUAAGCCUAAAUGUUAUUGCUCGUGUAGUCUUAGAAUGUUGGGUCACUUGACUGAGUGAAAACUGAGAUACGGGAGAGACAUGUAGGACUGAUUCCCAGAAUCCCUUGGUGCAAGAAAAAGAAAAUGGACGGAACCUGGUGUGGGCAAAUAGAAAUCCUUGCUGUUCUUUGAUCACGAUACAUCUGGAUUAGCUUUGGAGUUAAGGUUGUGCAACCUUUUGUGUGGAACAGCGGUUCUGUACUUGUACGGAAGGUUUGAGGGACCUGGUGCCUGAAUCAAACCAUGCACCCGUUGAAUGUUUUGGUUGACGUGUGGAAUGAAAUAGGGCUGUACAGAAGAAAUGGUAGUUUCUUUGGUCUGGACACAAGCGGUGUGGGAGGCCUGCAGAAAAAGCCAAGGACUUUGCCAGCUCAGGUUAGUAAAGGAAAGAUGGCAUAAUGGACAAUGAGGAAGCUGAUGUGAUGCUCCUUGCUAGACAUGGGUGACAGUUGAGGUCAGAGACAAAAGUCUCUGGGAAGGUUUUGGGUUGAACCAGUGGAAUAUACUAUUUGGAACUGCUGAGGGAGAGAAUAGGUGUCAUUCAUCAGCUACAAUCUGCUUGCCUAUUCAGUUUUUGCUUGGCCAUAACCCAGAAUCACUAAAGCAUUGAGCUUUUGGGUUUUCUGCAGAAGUUCUAAAACUCUGCAUUGUUUGGGGUUGAGACUAAAAUGCUUCUACUUUGUGUAUACAUGCAUGCACUUGGCACAGACUCAAAACUGCAGUGUCCAGUCACGGCUCUUUAAAUCCCUUGUGCUAACCGAAGGCAGUGUAUCCCUAACAAGCUAAUAACACUGCCAACGUCUCCUGAAUCAUCCUUCUUUUAAAUAUCUGAAGGUCUUUUAAAGGUCUGAAUGUGGGUGGAUUAGAAGUGUUCAUUUAGGUGCACAGAGGCCUCUUAAUAUUUAUUAUUGGUCCAGUGAAGUGGAUGCGCCUUUUGCCUUGUUCCAAUCCCGUGAUAGAAUCCAAAUAUGCAUAUUGCAUAAGUUGCGAGUUUUAACUGUAUGUAGCCCAUACAGGAACUGGCAUAAUCCACAGUUCUUACCUGAUCCGAAUAUAUAGAACUAUAACCACUUCCAUUAAACCUUCUAGAAGGUUAACAUGCAAAGAUUUUUAGAAUCUCCCUUUUCUUUCCCAUUCUUGUUGGGUUGGUUGAGUCAUUAUUGGGUCGCAUCCUUCCUUUAUUGUUUACUUCUUCCUUUUUUAAAUAGCAGUCUUGGUGUACACCUAUGGGAUUAAUUUGUGCCUUUACUUAAUCUUGGAUGCAGGUCUUGGAAGGGUUUUAUAGCCCCGUUCUUAAAUCCGGUCGACUGUGCUAAAACAAGAUUUUAAGUUUCUACUUUCCCUAAGCUAGACCAGAAGCCCCUUGAAACCUAAGAGGAUGAAGGAUAUGAUUGCAUUCAAGGCCAAAAGUCCUAAGGAUUUUACCCAGCACGUAUUUUACACGAUGAGAUAUUAAGAUUCCCAGAUACUCCCUCAUUAAUAAGUCAUGAACACUCCUUCCUCUUUCUGCUAACUUAAGGUCAGAAGUGGCCCAGUCCAACAUGUCACCUGUCACCUCUUCCAUGCAUAGACCAAGCAGAACAGAGCAUUUCUUCCCAGUUUCUGAGUUGACAUCCACAGAUGUAGUCUACUGGUCUCUUCUGGAUCCUUGACUGUCUAUAUUUUUUCAGCUUGUCAGUACGGACUGGGCUCACCUCUGUAUCACUGUAUUUACUGGAAUAUGUGUGAAGCGUACAUGCUUUUGUAGAUCCCCGAUGUUCUGGUAGCUGUGGAGCAAUGGAUGUUCCUCCUCCCAUACAUUCAGCCAUAUGAAGAUAGUCCCUAGGACACUUCCUAUCUUUGGUCGACAUUCGCCAAUGCUCAGACCGGAGUGGGAAAAAACCCUGCCAUUUGGAUGCUGAAAUGUAUGUGAUAGGUAUGAAAUUUGAAGUUAACCUGCCCUUUCCCCCCCUUUUUUUGUUCGUGUUGUUACGGGCAACGAAUUCCAGACCAUUUUCAAAUGGAUUUCUUAAUUUUUUUUUUUAAUUUACUUACGAGAUUGCACUUUUAUUAAGAAAAUAUUUAGUAAGUGUAAUAUAUAUAUGUGUUCAGCUGUUUUUAAUGUUAUUUUUUUCAUUUGUGCUUUAAUAAUGCAUUUAAGCAUUUUUUUUAAAAAAAAUGGGAGAACAAUUCUUUUGUAAAAAAAAAAAAAAAACAACUCCAAGCAACCGUAUUUGUUUCAGUUGUAUGGAAUGAAUGCAGCUCCCUGCUAUUCACUUGAGUCUUCCUUCCUUCUUUCUUUCUCUCUCUCUCUGUCUCUCUUUCUCCCUCCAUGUUCAUAAUUGUUGUUUUGCUUUGUGCUUUGAGAUGGGGAAUAGAAAAAGUUUUUUAAAAAAUUGCAGGCUAUAUAAGCAUGUUGUUUCCUGUGAGAGCUCACUCGCUCCGUGUGUCUGUUUUUAAUGACUGUCCUAUGUAAAUGCAUAAAAAAAAAAUGACACUGAACAUGGAAUUAAUUUACCGCAGUGACUUGAUGCUCUAAAAGAAGAGAAAAAUCAUAAUGACAGAUAAUUAAACUAUGUAGAAUUUAAUACUAGCUGGAUUUUACCCCUUGGAUUUUGUGCUUGUGAACAUGAGUGAAGGAGCUGUAAGUGCUAAGAUGAUCAUGUGUGUAGACAAACAAACAACAAAAAAAACCCCCCAACCCUAAUAUUUGACCAUUUUCUGGAUGGGGAAAAUAAUGGCAUAAAACAAGUCGUGUGUUCUUUCUUUCUUAAAAAUUCUGUGUUACAUUACCAUGGGAACUCCUUAAUAAAGAUGACAUGUUGUUGUUUCAGUUGCUGA